GAUCUGUGGUAUCUACUGCUGGGGCUGCCUCAGGGACUUCAGAUAACCCUGAACUCAAAGCAGAGGGAAGACACCCAGAGACAGCUCCACCUGUGCCCCAGGGUGCUGGAGGCGGUGCGGGGGCAGGGGUGGAAUAAAAGGACCGGCCCUACAGAAGAAGGCUGACGGCGCUGGGCUCCUGACCCAGGACAGAACCUCACCGAGUGAGACUCCCAGCUUUAGCUUCCUCAUCAGGCCAUCAGGCCGCCCCUGAGCUACUGACACCAUGGUGGGAGUAUGGCUCCCUCCCCUGCUAACUGUGUUGCUGUCCUUAGCCCUGGAAACUGCUGGACAAGGAGAUCACGGUGGCAGAAGUGGAGACAGAAUUAUAGAUGGUUACCCGUGUGAAAAAGGCUCCCACCCAUGGCAGGUGGCCCUGCUCAGAGGCGAUCAGCUCCACUGUGGAGGGGUGCUGGUCAGCGAGCGCUGGGUGCUCACAGCAGCCCACUGCAAAAUGCGUGAGUACACUGUGCAUCUGGGCAGUGAUAAGAUAGGGGAUCAGAGUGCCCAGAAGAUCAAGGCCACAAAGUCGUUCCGACACCCCGGCUACUCCACAAAGACCCACGUCAAUGACAUCAUGCUUGUGAAGAUGGAUAAGCCUGCCAAGAUGUCUCGCAAAGUUCAGAAAGUCAACUUUUCAUCACGCUGUGAACCCCCAGGGACAUCCUGCACUGUCUCUGGAUGGGGUACCACAACCAGCCCAGAUGUGACCUUUCCCUCGGACCUUAUGUGCUCGGAUGUGAAGCUCAUCUCCUCCAAGGAGUGCAAGAAGGUGUACAAGGACCUGCUGGGGAAAACCAUGCUGUGUGCUGGCAUCCCUGACUCUAAGACCAACACCUGCAACGGUGACUCAGGGGGCCCCCUGGUGUGCAAUAACACCCUUCAAGGUCUGGUAUCCUGGGGAACCUACCCUUGUGGCCAGCCCAACGACCCAGGAGUCUACACUCAAGUCUGCAAGUACAGCCGGUGGGUGCAAGUGACCAUGAAAACCUAUCGCUAAUGCACCAGGAGUCAAGCUGUGAGCCUCCAAGGACAUGCUUAUAGAGUAAGGAUACCUAUGGCAGCUCUGUAAAAUCCUGUCUGGCUUUACCUCUCCUCCAAGACACAGCAAAGCCUCAACACAAAAACAAGUUUAUAAACCAAUCGGAACCCAGAGACCUAAAAGCAAAUCAAGUCAAAAGGUUCAGAAACCCCAGGGCUGUGGAAGAUGUUGGAAGCCCAAUGUUUUCAAAUGCAAGAUCUGGGAAUUCCUACAGUCAUUUUUUGGAAAGUGGCUGGUAAUUUCGAGACCUUCAUCAACUACCUUUGUCUCAGGCCCUCCAAUUCUAGAGAGUUCUUAAAACAAAAAAAUAGAACCACGUUUGGAUUCAUCGCAUUAUUUAUUGUGGGGGGGGAAUGGAAAUUGUUAAUGUGUGGCAAAGUUUUGAUUAUAGAUGGUUUCUCUCAGAAUGUUAUGAACUCAUGAAAAACCAUGCCUAAGCUAUAAUGAAUGCUCAGCCUUAGGCAAGAGUGACUGCUACUGUAUGGUGUUUACUGACAUGGGCUGGACAUGUCAAAUGGGACAUACAAAAUAAAAUCCAAGUGAUGUUCACGUGCGUGCUCGUAACCUGGAAAAUAAUGGUGGGUAAACUGGAAGCAUCGACAGUGGAGGGAGGAGAUUCGUGAGGAAGAGUUGGCUAAGAAAUUGUAGCUGGACCAGCAAGAUGGCUCAGAGGGUAAAGACGCUUGCUGCCAAGCCUGACAGGACUGGAGUUCCAUCUCCAGAGCCUGCAGCGUGGAAGGAAAUAACGGACGCCGCCAUGUUGUCCUCUGACCUCCAGAUGUGCUGUGGCACUUGUGUACCUGCUCUCCACGUGCACAAAAAUAAAUAAAAUAUCUUUAAUACUUGUAA